UAUUUUCGCUUCGUGCCGGGAAGCCGCUUCAUAACUCAAAAGUUUAUGCGGACUUUUGAGUUAAUUCGUUUGGGGUUCGGAGUAGGAGUCUACUCCGAGGGUGGGGGCUUAGGUUUCAUCAUCAUCACCUUUCAUCAUUUCGUUAAUCAUCAAGAAAAAAAAUACGUCAGACAUGGCUGUAUGGGCAUAGUUCCCUUUGCCUUACCCUUCGGGGAAAACCAAAACAAAAAAAAAAAAAAAAUAUUUCGAGAUUUCGUACGUGUGAUACCGUGAAAUCAAUUAUUUGUUGUUAAUAAUUUUCGAUUUCAAAAUAGUAAAAUUUUUGUACCAGCAAAAGAAACAUUACAGUACAUAAUGGACUCUGGCAAAAGAAUAGACAUCACUCAACCCUUAUGGGACCAGAGUACAUUUGUGGGACGGUUCAGGCAUUUUGCAUUUAUCAGCAACCCGCUUUUGUCUGUGGUGCCUGAGAAGGAAUUAUAUGCUGCUAAGGAAUUGUACAUGCAAUAUAAAGCAGGCCAGGAGCCACCGGGAACAAAGUUCGAGCAAGUGGUGCGAGCGAAGCAGCUGUACGAGUCAGCGUUCCAUCCGGACAGCGGGGAGCUGCAGAAUGUUUUCGGUAGAAUGUCCUUCCAGAUGCCAGGAGGUUGUCUCAUCACCGGCGCCAUGUUGCAAUGGUAUAGAACAGCAACAGCAGUAGUAUUCUGGCAAUGGGUCAACCAAUCGUUCAACGCGUUAGUGAACUACACGAACCGCAACGCCAAUUCUCCGCUGACCACCACACAGAUGGGCGUGGCUUACGUGUCCGCCACCUCCGCGGCUAUGGCCACCGCUCUGACCUUCAAGUUCUACGUCCAGAAGAGGACUAAGCAUCCUAUUGUUGCUAGGUUCGUGCCUUUCGUGGCAGUCGCCGCUGCCAACUGGGUGAACAUCCCGCUUAUGAGACAGAAUGAAAUCGCUAAGGGUUUGGAAGUAGCGGAUGAGAACGGAAAGAUCAUCGGCAAGUCGCAGAUAGCUCCAAUCAAAGGCAUAUCACAAGUAGUAACAUCUAGGAUAAUAAUGUGUUCUCCGGGCAUGUUGCUGUUACCGUUCAUAAUGGAGCGGUUAGAGAAAAAGGCGUGGAUGAAACGCAUCACGUGGGCGCACGCCGGGAUACAGACCGCUGUUGUUGGCAUGUUCCUCACCUUUAUGGUUCCUACAGCAUGUGCCAUAUUCCCUCAAAGAUGCAAACUUUCUAUAGACACAAUCAAGAAAUACGAAAAGGAAAAUUACGAAGAGAUUGUGAAGAACACCGAUGGAAAACCACCACAGUAUGUCUACUUCAAUAAGGGUUUGUAAGUACAAAUGUAUAGGUACAAAUUCUAUGCGUAUUUGCAUGGUUGAUUGAAGUAUUAGGAUAAGCAAAGGGAAUGGUAAUCGACAAUUACUAGUCUUAAUCUAAUUUAGAGUUUAUAUUCUUGUCUUGGAAAAUACGCACGUGUGAGAGAGAGGGAAUUAUUAUUCUUUCUCAUUUAUUUUAAUGAGGAAGGCCUUUUCACUGCAAUAAAAUAUAUGAAAUCAUUAUUUACUGUAAUCGCGAUUUUAUUGUUUAUUUUUUACGAAUUUGUCAAUAAUCUAUUUUAUGAAUCAUUUGUGUAUUAUUUAAGUAUUAUGCAUCCGUUUUUGAAAGUAUUUUUUUCAUUAAUGUAAUAUCGUGAUUCUUUUUUAUACUUUUUUAAGAUCUGUAUUUUUUUUAAUGUUAUGGUGCCAUGUUUUAUGACAUCUGGAAUUUGAGAUCAGAGAGAUAAAGUUGAAAAUGAUACCUGUUUGAUAACUGGUUUACGUUCACUGUUGAAUCAAUUGAUUGGGUGAUUCAUAUUAUGUGAUUCUUUCAUUUUCUUCUUUUGUUGAGUGUAUGGUGAUUAUAAAAGAUUUAAGGUCUGGCCAUUUGACUAACGAUAGUCAAGUCCAAUCUAAUAAGUAUUAAUAAAAUCUAUGCCCAGAAAGGAUAAUGUAUGGUAGUAGUUAUUCCAAAAUAAUUUUGUUAUCGUCUUAAAUUAGUUACUGUAUCGAAUACUCACCUCAUCAUCAGCCCUAUGACGCCCACUGCUGGGCAUAGGCCUCCCCCAAGGAUCUCCACGACGAUCGGUCCUGCGCUGCCCGCAUCCAGCGGCUUCCCGCGACCUUCACCAGAUCGUCGGUCCACCUUGUAGCGGGCCUACCCACUGAGCGUCGUCCGACACGUGGUCGCCACUCCAGAACCUUUCCGCCCCAUCGGCCAUCGGUUCUCCUCGCUAUGUGUCCUGCUCACUCGCAUGUCGCUAUGUGUGUGUGUAUGUGUAUCGAAUACUAAUAAAGUAAUAAUAUUUUGCCAACUUUGUCUCCCGCGGUAACUUUGCCCGAACUCCUGUAGCUGUUGUAGCCCAGUUGAUAGAACGCUUGCCUCUCACUUUGAGGUCGCAGGUUCGAAUCCAGCACAGGCCUAAACCAAUAAUUGUCGAAUGUGUUUUCGAAUUCAUGAUUGGAUCAUAAAUGAUUGUCACAGGCGGUGAAGGAAACGUCGUGAGGAAACUCACAUUCCCGAGAAAUGCAUUUUCGGACAGACAGACAGUCGCUUCUGUAAAAAACCGGACCUGUCAAAUCUUCAGGUUAGGUAAGCGGACCCUGUGAAAAACGAGAUAAUGCUAGGGAGAUGAUGACUAUCGAAUACGAAUAAUAUUUUGCCAACUUUGUCACUCGUGGUAACUUUGCUUGAAAACUGGUUACAAAUAUAUUAGAACUAUCUUUUAUUUCAGAUAGGGGCAUCUCAGUAGUACCUUAAAUUACUUUGACUUUUUAAAAAAGAUGUAAUUUUUCCAAGGUUUUAUUUUAUAUUUAUUUGGCCAGACCUAAAAUCUACAGUUUAGAGUGGAGUCUUUGAAUAAGUUACAUAUUUUUUUUAUUGACAUUCCAACACUAACCGCCGCAUGCUUUUAACACUUGCUUUUAAAUCCAUAUCUAAUACCUUCUAGUAUUCAUUUAUAAAAUCAUAGUAUUAUAUCGUAUUAUUUUCUUUAUUAUGGAGCUGAUAUAAGUAUUUAAAGUUAAGUAUACUUUUAUAAGCAGUAUACAAACAUUUGUAGGUUAGAAUCGUAUUCGUUUGAUCGAUAUUUGUAUAAUGUUUAUUAUGAAACCAGUCAAGCAAGUGUAAGCGUAACGAAUGUAGUGUACUGUCUACAUAUUUUACAUGCAUAAACUCGCGCCGGAAUCCGUAAUGGGGUGAGCAGAGCCGCCAUCAUCAUCAUCAUCAUCACCAGCCCAUUAACGUCCCCACUGCUGGGGCACGGGCCUUCCCUAUGGACGGAUAGGGAGAUCGGGCCUUAGCCCACCACGCGGGCCCAGUGCGGAUUGGUGGUUAUUAACGACUGCUAAUGCAGCCGGGACCAACGGCUUAACGCGCCUUCCGAAGCACGGAGGAACUCGAGAUGAAAACUUUUUUUCUGUGGUCACCCAUCCUAUGACCGGCCUUUGCGAAAGUUACUUAACUUCAACAAUCGCAGACCGAGCGCGUUUACCGCUGCGCCACCGAGCUCCUCCAGAUUAUUAUGGCUCAAAUGUAAAGUUGUUUUGAUAGCCGAAUACAAUUUAGCCUUUCUGCGUGGUAUAUUAUUCGCUAGUUUCACAUAAGAUAAGGUUAAAGUCUGUAGAGAUUUUAUAUUAUUAAUACUUAUGAACUGUUUUCAUUACUUGUCGAUAAGGUGGAGUCUCAUAAUCCCCAUUUUUAAACGCGGUAAGAACCCGUUAUUAUCUGUUUUAAUUAAGGUGUCUAAUAGCCUAUAUGGCGGAUUAAUGUCUGAUAGCAGUACAAAUGCCAGUUAAGUUUUGGAUAAUUAUAUCAAACACUUAUCAAGGUGGUUCUUCGAACACUGGAUGUCAAUAAAAUUAUCAUAAACGCAAAAAUAUCCUAGAAUAUUUUGUCGUUUUGCAAUUGAUUUACCACUACCGUAGAUACAGCGCUUGAUACAAACAUAACAUAAACAGCCUAUAUACGUCCCACUGCUGGGCACAGGCCUCCCCUCAAUCAACCGGAGGGGGUAUGGAGCAUACUCCACCACGCUGCUCCAAUGCGGGUUGGUGGAGGUGUUUUACGGCUAAUAGCCGGGACCAACGGCUUAACGUGCCCUCCGAAGCACGGAAUCAUCUUACUUUUCAGACAAUCAGGUGAUUCAAGCCUGAAAAGUCCUUACCAAACAAAGGACAGUCUCACAAAGUGAUUUCGACGAUGUCCCCAUCGGGAAUCGAACCCGGACCUCCAGAUCGCGAGCCUAACGCUCUAACCACUAGACCACGGAGGCUGUUGCUCGAUACAAAAAUACGGCGAAAACUUGGCGCUUGUUUAGCUAUACAUUCGUACACAGCGGUAUAUACAUUCAAUAAAAUCUUGUCAAAUUAAAAAAGUAUGCAUCGUGUUAUUACGUAUAUUAGCGCGUGAUGCUUCGUAACGCGGUGGGGUUAUACUGCGACUCGGAUUGACCGGGAGUACUUGGUGGGAUAAUUUUGGUGGGAUUUACUGCGAAAAUUAAAACGUUUAUACUAUGAUAAUAUGCACAAUGUCAUUACUUAUUAGAAAAUAUAUGAUGUUACAUCCUUCUUUUUUCGCUUUUAUUUUUGCAAGUUUUUACCACGCACUUCCCCGUGUUGCCAGUUCGGCGCCUAAUCGCGCACUGAGGUAAAGUACUGUCAACGUCGCUAUAUUAACAGUAACUUUGCGACCUACUUUUUGAGCGCUUAUGUUCAAUCUACGGUAGUAGUAAAACUAUGCGUUUUGCAAAUAUCCAUGUAGACCUUAUGUUCUAGAUAUUUCUAAAAUAUUCUAGGAUAUUUUUGUUUUUGGUCACGAGUACUAAUAUGUAUAAACUUUGCAACCAUGUCACAUUAACUUUUUUGACAAUUUAAACUGUAAGCCUCAUUAAAUGUCAAGUAUGAUAGUGCGACAGGGUUCUAAAGUGGGUACAUGAUAUUGCUCAUGACUGUUCAUGGUAAUAAAAUUGAACACCGGUGUUCAAAGAUCUACUCAUCAGCAAUAAUUGGUGAAACAGGACCUUAUAUUUUAUAUUACUAAUGAAAAGAUAGAAAUGUCACACCUCUGUCACAUUUACAAAGGAAUGGUUAAAUAAUUCUUAAAUCUGAUAAGCAGGGCUAACAAGCGCAACGCGAUAACAUUUUGUCACGGUCAUUUUAUCGAUUCUGACGGUAUAAUUAUGUCGUUUUGUCGAUUGGUGCUAAUAUGUGAACCCAAAUUAGUCAUGUUGUUCUGUCAAAAUACCAGCUAAAUCACGUGACACGCUUGUUAGGGAAAAACAAACUUAUCGAUUUCGACAAAAUGUAUUUAUUCGAUCGAUAAUUUUAUCACGCUGCACAUGUUAGCCCUACUGGUGGUCUAAAAAGGCCACAUUAAAGCAAUUCGUCUAAAAACAAUAUUUUAAUUUGACAUUUGUGCAAUGUCAAGUGAACAAAAUUAAUGUGAAAUAGCAGCAGGUAUUGCUUCAAUGUGGCCUCUUUAGCCCUAGAAAUAUAAAAACUAUGCGGUGGUUAAAAUAAUUCCCAUUUUUAAAAUAAUGUCCGUUGCACAGAUUAAAAUGGUUUGACUUAAUAAAAAAUAUGAAUGUCCUUUGUGAUUGUGACAUUGUAAUAUUUUGUUCUUCAUAUUUGUGUUUUUUAAUUGUUUGAAUUUCAUAACUUAGAUUAUCUAGUCUUAGUUUUAGUCAGUAAAACCUUUGGCCACGCUCAAAAUUUCGUGUUAAUUGUUAAUUUGUGAUGUUUUUACAUUCGUUUUUAUAAAAUUAUUUUUGUCAAUCUGAUUGACUUCGAUUGAAUCGAAUUGUUUAGAAAAAGGUCUGUGUAGGAGCACUUAAUUAAUUGUUUUCAUUUGUAAUUUCUAAUGAAUUAUACUUAAAUCAUUUUUUAUUCGAAUUUUAAUGUAGAAAUGCAAAGGUGGAAGUGUUAAAACUUAACAAAAGUGGUUGUGUUAGAGCAAGGUUACACGGUCAAUAUUUCAUCUGCCAAUCCAUCAGUCUGAUUGAUGCAGACUAAUUAUUUAAUCAGCCGUCUUCCGUCAAUCUGAACAGAUUGAAGCACUGGCCUGGACUGAUGAAAUACUGAUACGUUUUAGAGAGAACACGUUUUUAGUAUUAUUUUAAAUGCCUCAUUUGUAAAAAAGCACGAUGUGAUAAGUCAUAAAUUCAAACAUAUGGCGAGGUAUAAGAGCGUUCAUCACGCAGAAGUCUGAGGCAUGAAGCUUUCACAAAUUUUGCAUACUAAGGUGGGUCUUCGAAUACCGGUCAAUGCAAAAAUAUCAUAGAUUUUUUUUUAUCUUUUUGCGAAUAUCCAAUUAGAACUUAGAUAAAAUCUUGCUACUUCGCGACAUGCAUAAGUUUUAACUUAAAAAUACAGGAUAUUUUGAGAUAUUUUUGCGUAAACGGAUAUUGACGUAUGGUGUUUGAAGCACCACCCACUAGCGAACCCAGUUUUGUCUUGUUUAUUUUUAUAAAUGAUGGAAUGUCAUCUCAUUAACUGUAAUCAAAUAUUUGUCGUUUCUUGGCAAUUGGAAACAAUGUAAUGGUAAGAAAGUUGAAAAUGUUGGAAUUUUAGGAUUUAGAAAAAUUGAAAUGUUUAGUUGUUGCGAAAAAGACAAUAAAAUAGUGGCAUGUUGA